AUGCAUGCCAUGCCAUACGAACACACCAAAACACUGAUAACUAGCAAGGUUUGGAAAGAAUUUGCAAGCGCUUUAUCGACGAUUUUGACACUUGUGCCGCAUGCGAUCAACAAUACACCAUCAUCCUCAUACAACAACAGCAGCGAACACCACAAGGAUGAUACAUUACUUUCGGCUCUUGGUAAUGCAUCAUCCGUAUUAUCACUUGCAACGAAUGCUCUCAUAUCAGCAGACAAGCAGCAACAUCAGGAUACCCCUUCAUCUCCUUCUACAAGCAAGCUCCGCCGACGUAUCACCUCCACGGUCAAAAGCAGGGCAGCACUUUCACGUACAGUCACUCGAAAGGCAGCCACCACCACCACCAGUGCUGCUGCUGCACAUUCUUCUCCUUUUCCUCCUUUUUCUUCUCAGCAACAAACAUCCACUACUACUCCCGCCUUGUAUACUCUUGAUGCCGAUAUUGAGCGUGUACAACGUAUAUCCUAUGACGUUCUCCUUCUUCUCCAGCAACUUAUCAUGCAACUUGAUUGCAUGGAUGAAUACCACGAUACCGAUGUUAGCGCGAUCCAUGCAUCGUUAAUUGCACGUGUCGAGCAACUCGUGGACGCAUUGCUUGGAAUGUCAUCACCACCACCACCACCGCCAGUUUCACCCCUUACUCCAAGGGUGAAAACACUUUACAAUUCAGCAUCCUCACCUAACUUUAGAAAAAGUAAUAAUGACCGAGCCAUGGAUACCAAAGCUGUCCAUUAUAAUCCAAAUCGACAUUCCAUGUCACAUGAGUCCUAUACAUGCACAACAAAGCACGUAUCCCAGCAACAACAAAAACGGUCCACAGGCACAGUGGGAUUUCGAUUCAUGCGUAGCAUUUCUUCCUCGUUUCGAAGCAGCCAUGCCAACGCCUCUUUUUCACGUGAUUUGAAACAACAUCAUCGAUCACCAUCACCACCACCCAUUCCACCACGAUCUAGCAUAUCAUCGCUUUCUUUUUCAGAGCCCACGACCACAUCAAGUGACUGUGAUAGUGUCCCUCGAUUGAUUCACAGUGUUGGAAGCGCAUCCUUUGAUGAAAACGAUUCAAUCUCCACAUGGUCUACCAGUAAAAGUGCAACGCCUUCUUCUAGCAUGGCAACCAAACAGCAACGAUCAUCAUCCACAAAAACAAGUGCCAUGCGUGCCAUUCGAAUGCUUUUUGGAUCAGCUAUUAUUCGUCCCGUUACCAUUAUUACAAAACAAGACCAAAAGAUACGAGAAGCACAACAACAGCAACCAAUAACAUCCUCUCGCAAUAGCAGCCACCACCACCACCACCGCCAUUAUAACAGCAAAAGGUGGUCACAAAUCAGUAGCAGUGAUACCACGACCACAGCGAGUGCCAGAUCAGCAUGUUUUCUUGAUGGCGAUGAUGAUGGUGAUGAUACGAAUCAAUGCCGCCUUAUCAACAGCCGACGAUUAUCAGGAAGUGGCAUACCUCUUCUUUUCACGCCAACCACAUCCCUCGGUCUCAACACGAGCAAAUUCUGGGAAGAGAUCCAUUCCAAAAAUGAGCAGGAUGAGGUCUUUUUAUCAAGCACCUAUGGACCCAUAUCACCCCUUCAUGUGGAUACCACUACUACUUCACCUCCUCAAGGUAUAGAAGAUACAACUGAAGCCUCUUCAGCUCGAUCAAAAGAUGCAUUAUCCACCACAUCCUCCUCCUAUUUCUCUGCCCGCUCCUCUUAUUCAUCAGACUCAAGUCUUCGCUGUUUAUCAUCCCAAGGUGUUUCAGAUUCCAAGCAACAACAUCGAGUCGAUAAUGCUGAUAUGGUACAACAACAUGAAGAAGAAUAUCGCCAUGCAUCCAUUUAUGAUUCCAAUAACAACAACAACAAUGAAAGUAUCUCUGACAAGGCUACGACUACCACCACAGGACAUCACCAUCCAUUGCGAUCCACCUUAUUGUCGAAAGCCAUGCUACUUGCCGAUAACAACUCGCCACAACCGCAACAUGUGCCUAAUUAUCAUUCAGUGGGCACCAUUGGGAUCGGUAACUUGUCAUCGGUCUUGUCAAAGCAAUGGAUGUUGCAUAGUAUGCGAGCCAUCAAGUCAAGCAGUAGUAGUAACAACCAUCAUCGAGCACCCAUUCCAUCCAUGUUGCAGCAAUCAUCCACAGAAAGGCCCAUGACACAACGAUCGAUGGUUGAGGAGGAUAUCUCGUUAUUAUCCAACAAGGAUGAUUACACUUACAUCGAAGAGAAUGGCCAUGUGACAAUGAUACUUGAAACAAGAUCACGAUGCAAGUGCGUGGUUGUAGCAGGGACAUGUAACAAGUUGACUGAAAAGCUGGCUGAUGAUGGUGUACAAGACUUUGAUUACAUUGAUACAUACCUUCAAAGCCAUGCGUCUUUUAUAUCAUCGGUGGACUUGCUGGAUCAAUUGGCCAAGCGUUUCAAUAGCACUGUUCAGUCAUGUAUUCAAAUCAAGUUACUGAAUGUGAUGGAGCGAUGGGUGAAGUUCCAAUACGACGAUUUCAAGAAUGACCGUUUGUUGUUGAGGAAGCUGUAUGCGUUCUUGACAAGCAGUGAAGAAAAGCGACCUGAAUUGCAAAAAGAGUUGGGCGGUAUUCGUGACGCAUUGUCCAUGCAGAUCGCACGGGAUCAAGGCAGGUCUCCUCUGUUGUAUCACCGAAGAUCACUUGACAGCUCCGCCAUGUCGACACCUCUCUUGAUGCCAUCACGUAACAUGUCUUCAACAACACUAGGCGGUGGUGGUGGUGGGAUUGUUGCUUUAUCAUCAACGCUUUCGGUGCUAUCAUGCCUUGAAGCCAAACAAGUGGCACAAUACUUGACGUUGGCUGAUUUUCACAUUUUCAAAUCCAUCAAUGCAUACGAAUACAUGAGAGGCCAUUGGCGUACCAUGAGACGAGGUGAACCACUCUCAGCUACAGACAGCUACACUCGCAUCCUCACUAUCAGAGCAAAUAUGCUACAUCAUUGGAUACUGCAUGAAGUGUGUUCUCCAAAAAUGCCAAAGCAGCAACGUACCAUUCUUCGAAAACUGAUCCAAGUAGCAAAGCUAUGUAUCGAAUGGAACAAUUUUCAUACUGCCAUGAACAUUAUCCUUGCUUUACAAAGCCAAACGAUUCAAAGAUUACAUAACACGUGGGCUAUGCUUUCAAGUCGUGAUCUCACAGCAUUCCAAACAUUGCAGCAAUAUGUGGAUGUCUCCAACAACAUGGGCCACUAUCGACAAGCUCUUGCUGAUGUUCAAGCCCCAGCUGUACCAUUUUUCCCGCUCGUGCUCAAGGACCUGGUUUUCCAUAUGGAUGGUAAUUCUACCAUCCUUUCACGCGAUCAACAUGGCCAUGACGGAAUGGAAGAACCACUUGUCAAUUUUGGGAAAUUCCGUGCUGUUACACGCAUGAUCGCCACGUUGACACAAUUGACAAGUCAAGAUUACUGGUUUGCAGCCGAUUUGGAUCACUGCCCCUUUUUGCCAAAUGCCCCCAUUACUAGACCACCUCAAUGCCAUCCAACAACAAGUACCCAUGUGCCACCCUUGGAUCGUGUUGCUGAACUUGUUGAAAUCAAAUUACGAGCAGUGGAAUCAUGUUACGAUGAUCCUCGUUGUAGCAUCGUAUCAGUAACAGCUUCAUCCCAAUCCACCACCACGGCCGAUUAA